AUGUCGCAUCAGAAGAGCGCUACCGGUGCAGAUGCAGACGUACCGGCCAGCGCCGCCACAACCUCGAGCACAUCCUCGAGAGCCAGCUGGUUCACCAUCCCGGCGCCCCUGGCCCGCGUCUUCAGGAGGUUCCCUCUGGUGACCUACCCUGCCAAUGAACUGCCCGUCCGAUCGCCGACACAUCGCCACCUCCCUGCCCUCUAUGUCUUUGCUUCCGACGAGGAUGCUCUGAGAGGGUGGCCGAGCUUCAAUCCUUCCUGCUUAAAAUGGCAGACCUUUCUGAAGCUAGCCGGCGUCCAGGUCCGCAUCGUGCCUUCGAAUAACCAUGCUUCGCCCACCGGUGCACUCCCCUUCCUGAUUCCUCCCUCAGCCGCAAGCGAUGCCGACUCGCAGUUGCCCGUUCCCUCCAACAAACUCGAACGCUACGCUCUCCAGCACGGGCCGAACCAAGUGCCGGAUGUUGCUGGCACGAAGAUGGACGCAUACCAGUCGCUUCUCGACCACCGGAUACGGAAUGCGUGGCUGUAUGCGCUAUACCUCUCCCCGCCAAACUCGCAGCUUCUGUCGCAGCUCUACGUCGCCCCCGUAUCCUCGUCGAAACCCGUCCAAACCACCGUUCUCUACCAGCUCCGACGUGCCGCUGAGGCCGAGAUACUGCAGUCAGUGGGUGCCAGAGUUGUGGACUCAGCAGCUCUGUAUAACGGAGCAGAGCAAGCGUUUGACGCUCUGGCGACGGCUUUGGGGUCGGAGGCUUGGUUCUUUGGAAGCUCAGAGCCAGGUCUUUUCGAUGCGACAGUUUUUGCCUACACCCACCUGGUCCUAGAUGAGACCCUCGCAUGGAUAGACACACGUAUGAAGGCUGCUCUACAGAAAUUCCCCACCCUUGUCGACCAUAGGGCGAGGGUGUUGGCUCGAUGUUGGCCUGAAAUGGCCGCUGGUAGUGUAUAG